GAAUGUGGGAAAUCAUUUAGAAAGAAGAGUCAUUUUACAGAACACAUGAGAACACACACUGGAGAGAAACCUUAUGCUUGCUCAGCUUGUGCUAAAAGAUUCAACACUAAGAAAGUCAUGAUCACACACAUGAGAACACACACAGGUGAGAAACCUUUUACUUGCUCUGUUUGUAAGAAGAGUUUCUCCAGAAAGGGUGACAUGACCACACACAUGAGAACACACACUGGAGAGAAACCUUUUGCUUGCUCAGCUUGUGCUGAAAGUUUCAACACUAAGAAGGAACUUAUAUUACAUGUGAGAACACACACAGGUGGUAAACCUUUUACUUGCGCCGUUUGUAAGAAGAGUUUCUCCAGAAAGGAACACAUGACCAGACACAUGAGAACACACACUGGAGAGAGACCUUUUGUUUGCUCAGCUUGUGCUAAAAGAUUCAACACUAAGAAGGAAAUGAUAUUACACAUGAGAACACACACAGGUGAGCAAUCUUUUGCUUGCUCUGUUUGUAAGAAGAGUUUCUCCAGAAAGGAACACAUGACCACACACAUGAGAACACACACUGGAGAGAAACCUUUUACUUGCUCUGUUUGUAAGAAGAGUUUCUCCAGAAAGGGUGACAUGACCACACACAUGAGAACACACACUGGAGAGAAACCUUAUGCUUGCUCAGCUUGUGCUAAAAGAUUCAACACUAAGAAAGUCAUGAUCACACACAUGAGAACACACACAGGUGAGAAACCUUUUACUUGCUCUGUUUGUAAGAAGAGUUUCUCCAGAAAGGGUGACAUGACCACACACAUGAGAACACACACUGGAGAGAAACCUUUUGCUUGCUCAGCUUGUGCUGAAAGUUUCAACACUAAGAAGGAACUUAUAUUACAUGUGAGAACACACACAGGUGGUAAACCUUUUACUUGCGCCGUUUGUAAGAAGAGUUUCUCCAGAAAGGAACACAUGACCAGACACAUGAGAACACACACUGGAGAGAGACCUUUUGUUUGCUCAGCUUGUGCUAAAAGAUUCAACACUAAGAAGGAAAUGAUAUUACACAUGAGGACACACACAGGUGAGAAACCCUUUGCUUGCUCUGUUUGUAAGAAGAUUUUCUCCAGAAAGGAACACAUGACCACACACAUGAGAACACACACUGGAGAGAAACCUUUUACUUGCUCUGUUUGUAAGAAGAGUUUCUCCAGAAAGGGUGACAUGACCAUACACAUGGGAACACACACUGGAGAGAAACCUUUUGCUUGCUCAGCUUGUGCUAAAAGAUUCAACACUAAAAAGAAAAGUAUAUUACACAUGAGAACACACACUGGAGAGAAACCUUUUGCUUGCUCAGCUUGCGCUAAAAGAUUCAACACUAAGAUUGAAAUUAUGUUACACAUGAGAACACACACAGGUGAGAAACCUUUUUCUUGCUCUGUUUGUAAGAAGAGUUUCUCCAGAAAAGAACACAUGACCACACACAUGAGAACACACACUGGAGAGAAACCUUAUACUUGCUCUGUUUGUAAGAAGAGUUUCUCCAGAAAGGGUGACAUGACCAUACACAUGAGAACACACACUGGAGAGAAACCUUUUGCUUGCUCAGCUUGUGCUAAAAGAUUCAACACUAAGAAGAAAAUUAUAUUACACAUGAGAACACACUCAGGUGAGAAACCUUUUACUUGCUCUGUUUGUAAGAAGAGUUUCUCCAGAAAGGAACACAUGACUACACACAUGAGAACACACACUGGAGAGAAACCUUUUACUUGCUCUGUUUGUAAGAAGAGUUUCUCCAGAAAGGGUGACAUGACCAUACACAUGAGAACACACACUGGAGAGAAACCUUUUGCUUGCUCAGCUUGUGCUAAA